UACACAAGUUUAAAUUCUCACUGAGUCAAGUUGGCAGCCCCUGAUGUGUUCAAAUAAUAUCCAAGUGCUGAUGCCAGCAACACUGCAUGUCCCUUCGUACUGACUCUCCUUAUCUAUUUGAACUCCAUUUCUGUAAUCCUGAGACUUUGUGUUGGUUUCCCCCUCCUCUGCCUUUCUUAGAUCUCAUGGCUUUUUACAACUUUCUCUGUUUGACCCUCUUAAUUGCAAGUGCUUGCACUGUGGCUCAUUGCAAGCUCUCCCCAAAAUACUACUCAUCAACUUGCCCCAAGUCUCUUUCCAUUGUGAAAUCUACUGUAAUUGCUGCUAUUAAGAAGGAAACAAGAAUUGGUGCCUCAUUACUUCGAUUACAUUUCCAUGAUUGCUUUGUAAAUGGCUGUGAUGGAUCGAUACUACUGGAUGAUACAGCCAAUUUCACAGGCGAAAAAAUGGCGGCCCCGAAUAAUAAUUCGGCUAGAGGCUUCAAUGUAGUAGACAAAAUCAAAGCUGGGCUGGAGAAGGAGUGCCCUGGAGUUGUGUCUUGUGCUGAUAUUCUUGCUUUGGCUGCUCGUGAUUCAGUUGAAUAUCUUGGUGGCCCUUCAUGGACAGUUGAACUAGGAAGGAGGGAUUCUACUACAGCCAGCCUUGCUGCAGCCAAUUCCAGCAUCCCUGCACCCACUUUGAACCUAAGUGCUCUUAUAUCUAAUUUUAAGGGACAUGGAUUGUCUGUAAAAGACUUAGUGGCUCUUUCAGGUUCACACACCAUUGGAUUAGCUAGGUGCACCUCAUUCCGAAGCCGAAUCUAUAAUGACUCAAAUAUAGAUGCUUCAUUUGCCAAGUUACGGAGGAGCAAAUGCCCCAAGAGUGGUAGCAAUAACAGCCUCGCCAACCUUGAUGCUGUAAGCCCUACCCAUUUCGAUAAUUACUAUUAUAAGAAUUUAUUGGGAGGAAAGGGGCUGCUUCAUUCAGACCAGGAGCUUUACAAUGGCAGUUCCAGAACUGAUUAUCUGGUUAAAAGAUAUGUUCAUGAACCUUCUGUGUUCUUCAGUGACUUUGCUGAGGCUAUGAUUAAGAUGGGUAAUAUUAAGCCUCUUACUGGAAUUAAGGGAGAGGUUAGACUCAAUUGUAGAAAGGUGAACUAAUUAGGAGCCUUAAAUAUAGAAGGCUCUAUUAAUGUAUGUUUAUGAACUUAUAUAAUGAAAGUGAAUGAAAUCCAAUGUGGGUUUGGUUUUUUUUUUUUUUUUUUUUUGGGGUAAAAUGUAUGGGUUUGGUUGCUUCCUCUAUGAUUGAGGAUAAGUAAUGUACGAAUGGCUGGUGGUGAUCAUAUCUUCUUUAUCAUAAAAUAUAUGUCUAAGCCAGUGGUUCUGCUUUA